AUGUCCGGCUGUGAAGGUGCGAAGAAGAAGCCCCCCAAACAGCCCAAGAAGCAGGCCAAGGAGAUGGAUGAGGAAGAGAAGGCCUUCAAGCAGGAACAGAAGAAGGAGCAGAAGAAACUCGAGGAACAGAAAGAGAAGGCUGUGUGGAAGAGACCCCUGACCACAGGUGGAAUUAAGAAAUCUGGCAAAACAGUAAGCUGUUCCUUGUCCCUGGGAUGAUGGAAACCCUUGAUUCCAUUCCCAUUCAACAUCUGG